AAAUAGGAAUUGCGGUAGUAGGGUACAAACAUAGUUUUUGCUUCUUUUUGUCGCUUUCAGGCUGUUGCAUAACUGAAUAUGCGAUGCUUUGUGCUGUAUAUGCAAUAUGAAGACAGCAUUUAUGUUAUUAUUAUGUUCAAUGUAAUGCAUAAUUUUUGUUUAAUGGAGAUAGAAGCCAGUAAAGUUACUGGUGCACCAAUGUCUUUCCAGCUAAAUAAUAUGGUUGCUUCGGAACUCUGCUACUAAGCAGACUACUUGUAGAGAGUUUGUAACCUAGAUCAAAUACAUGUAAGAAUAAUGAUCGUACCCAAUCGCAUUAACUAUGAUCUACAAUACAUUAGUGAAAGAGUUAUGAAUCAUAGGAAAUGUAUUCUUUACCAUGUCGAUUUGGUUUUGAAAAUCUGGUUAAACGGCCUUGAAGUUAACAUUGUGCUGAUAGACAGAAUUUUUUGAUGGUUGUUUCCAAGUGUGGUGCAGGGACUACGUAAGCCAUUAUUUUCUGCUUAUCCAACUGAAAAUUCCAGAGUUCUCUUGUAUAUUGUUAUGCUUGUUAUGAAUCUUAUGUGUUGCUGGAGAUCAUGCUGUAAAAGGUGGAAACUCCAAGUGGACCUAUUAUCUUCCUGGACUGAUGGUAAUGACCAGGGAAGACAGAAUAUAAUUCUGGUAUUGGACGUGCAGACUAGGGUCUUGAGCUAACUCUGGUUGAAACUUGAAAAUUGCCAUAAUGCCUUUUCAAGUCCCAACCAUUAUCUAUUCCAAUAUUUCUUGUUAAAGGCAGUAUUAACAAGGGUUUAGAAAUACAUUUGGUAAACUUUUAGAAACUUUAUCAGAUUACUCUUGGAAAAACUUGAAUGAUCAAAUAAUUGUUUUGUUUAACUUCUGAAAUUAAUUUCCAUUGGAUCCGUUAGAUAGACUUGUAGUGUUAGUUUAUUCAAUUGAUGCGAAUGUCUUAAACCAAAGUUCAUUUGCAUUUUUGUUUCCUUAAUGUUAAUUUCAUUCUCAUAAAUUUCCGCCCAUCCUAUUAAUUAGAGAUUAGUUUUAGUUUUGGUACUUAUUUUAUUAAAUCGUGUGGGAACAAUCUUUCUGUACUAUUUGACGGCUAGAGCACUUGCCAGAGCCUUCUAUGCAUUUCGGUAAACACUAUACGAAGUUGAUAUUUCGGAAAAAAUCAUGCUUGACGUUCAAGUUAUUAGUAUCUCAAGACUACUAUUACUUGAAAUGAACCAUAGAUUACAGGUACCAUCUUGGACUCUGAUUUGUAUGUCAACAAAUGCAAAGAUUUGAUGGAAAAAGAAUCACACUACAGAGUUUCUCUUGUGUCUGCAAUCAGAAACUGGUUUGACCCAUUGAUCCCAUCUGUUCAAGGAUUUGUUCCACCAGUAUGAAGCUCAAAUUCCCUCCUAGCAGGUAGCAUUUUGUGAAUGGCAUCAUAUAUCAGUCUUGAGUUGAAAGGUCAAUUACCCAAAAACACUUCUUGGAGGCGAUUUUCUAUUUCAUUGACCAAUGUCCCCAGUUGCUCUUUCGUGGGACCUUAUGAAAUCUACGUAAAUGUUUUCUUCUUUGCUAAGUUGUCAAAGCACAUUCCAGAGAUAUCAAUACAAUAUGCAAUUUGUAGUUGAUUGCACCUGCCAUUUGUCCUCUGUCAACUCUUUUUCUCUUUUUUUUUUGUGGGAUUUCAAUGUCAGCAUUAGACAAAGUCAUAGAGGAAAACUGCAAAGAAUUGCAAGGAAUCAACAACCUUGAAGCUCAAGGUUUGACAUGCUGCUGUAGCAUUUCGACAUCCCUAUUGUGCUCUAGAAGGGUAGAUGUGUGAAAUCAUAACAACAACUGGUAGCUGGAUUAGGAACUAACCAAGAAAUGGCACCUGACCAUCAUUUCUUGCUUGCUUUCCUAGUCAUCUGCAGCGCCUCAAUGCUGUUCCAAGCGGCAGAAAUUAAAGCAGAAGCAUUAGGUGAUUGCCAAAGGAAAUGUGGUGAUGUAGAAAUUCCUUAUCCAUUCGGCAUGAGCAAGGGAUGCUACCUCGACGAAGCGUUUAGAGUCGUUUGCAAUGAGUCAACUGGUUCGGCUUUUCUACCUUUGAUAGAAUGGGAGGUAGAGAGCAUCAACACCUUGACUCACACACUGCGACAUAAGAAUUUUCGUGGAGUAACACUUCCAUUUAAUAGUUCAAGAGGGCCGUAUGUUUCUUCUUUCCCAACGGUUGCAGGCAAUCAUUACAGUAUAUCCAAGGCCAAAAACAAGUUUGUUGCAAUAGGGUGCGAUUUUCUUGCCUACCUUAUUGAUGAGGACACCGGCAAGGUCCAGGGAUCGUGUUCGUCUCUCUGCAACCCCAAUGAUACAGUCCCCCUGCAGCUCUCAUCUUGUGCAGGCUUGUUUUGCUGCGAGAUAAGUUUCCCAGAAAGUCUAAGGAAUUUGUCUGUAUGGGUGUGGAGAACGGAUUACAGGACAAAAGACUGGGAAAAUGAAUGUGCUUUCUUCACUUUUGUGGAGAAGGAUUUCCUUAGUUUCAACAAGAUGAAAUUCUCUACAUGUAACGAAAGCUAUGUCGUCCCGAUGAUACAUGAAUGGGCAGUUGGGAAUACAAGCUGCAAUAAAGCAAGGGAAAGCUUAGAUGAAUACGUAUGUGGCCACAAUAGUAAGUGCAUUGACUAUUAUCCAGUUCAGGGAUACAGAUGCCAAUGCAACAACGGCUACCGAGGCAACCCUUAUCUCCCUCAAAGCUGCCAAGAUGUUGAUGAGUGUUCCAAUCGGGAAGAUAACAACUGCCCCGUGAAAACUCGUUGUGUUAACACAGAAGGCAGUUACUUCUGUUUGCCUAGUCGUACACGUAUGCUUGAACUGCUGAUCCCCUUAGGAACUGGACUCGGUGUUGGUCUUCUGAUCUUAGUUGCCAUUGGUAUCUGGUGCUGGAGAAAGCUUGAACAGAUAAAGAAACGCAAAAUGAAGCAGAAUUUUUUCAGGAGAAACGGGGGUCUACUAUUGCAACAGCAGAUAUUCUCAACCAGGGGAAGUGCACUACUUGAAUUGACACUUUUCAAGAUUGAGGAGCUGGAGAAGGCCACAGACAACUUCAGUGGAAGUCGUGUUCUUGGAAAAGGAGGGCAUGGAACUGUCUACAAGGGAAUGUUAUCAGACGGAAGAAUAGUUGCCGUAAAGAAGGCUAACAUAAUCGAUGACAGUCAACAAGUUCGGCAAUUCGUAAAUGAGGUUUCCAUCCUGUCACAGAUCAACCACAGGCACAUAGUCAAGUUAUUGGGCUGUUGUUUAGAAACUGAAGCUCCGUUGCUCGUAUAUGAAUACAUAUCUAAUGGCACCCUGUCGCAGCAUCUUCAUGAUGAGCCUCACAGCUGCAGGUUUUCUUGGGAGAAUCGGCUACGGGUUGCUGCUGAAGUUGCUGGGGCGCUGGCUUACAUGCACUCCUACGCUCCCAUAUUCCACAGGGAUGUAAAGUCGAGCAACAUAUUGUUAGGCGAGAAUUAUAAGGCUGUAGUAUCUGACUUUGGACUCUCAAGAUCAGUACCCAUUGACAAAACUCACUUGACAACAUUGGUGGGAGGCACAUUUGGUUAUCUGGACCCUGGGUACUUCAGGUCUGGAAAACUAAAUGACAAGAGCGAUGUUUAUGCAUUUGGGGUCGUACUUGCCGAAAUCCUUACAGGACAAAAGGCUGUCUCUGUCGAAGAUGAUCAGGGAUUGGCGUUCCGUUUUCGAUCAGCAGUUAAGGACGAUUCUUUGUUUGACAUUUUGGAUAAAGUAGUGGUACAUGAAGGGAAGGAGGAGGAAAUUCUUGCAUUGGCAAAGCUAGCUAAGAGAUGUUUGAAAAUAAAUGCACAUAAAAGACCAAGUAUGAAAGAAAUGGCGACAGAACUGGAUCAACUGAGAAAGACAAAGGAGGUUCCAGGACAUCAAGAGAGCUUAAGGAGAGAGUACCGUUCGAUGAGUGAGAACUGCCACAGGUUUAGCGGUGGCGCCGAAGCAGAGGAUGAUCUACUUCUUCCUAUUUCCUUUUAGGUCAGCUAUUGCAUGGUGGCAAUGCAUAAUAUUAUAUUAGUCAUUGAUUUAUAUUUUCUAUUGGUACGUGGGAAAUUAUCAAGUUAUGUUCCAAAUAUAAAGAAUUACUUUAAUUGACAGUUUAAUAUACUAUAAAGCAUAACAAUGUGAGAAACA